CCGAAACAAAACCCUUGACGCUACAACACUCUCUCCGAAGUCAUCAGUUCCAUCCGUAAAACCCCCCCAAAACCCCCUCGAUCUCACCAUCAUCAAUGGCGUCUGUUGCUGUCAGAAACCCUAACUCACGGCGAUUAUUUCAACUAUCUCCUCAAUUACGCUCUGGUCUUCGAGGAUCCGUGAUUUCUACUUCUGGUUUUCCACCUACUGAAUCGCUUUCUGGAAAUGAUAACGCGCUGUCUUCGAAUCCAUGGUGGAGAUCCAUGGCUACUUUUACACGAACGAAACCUCAUGUUAAUGUUGGAACAAUUGGACACGUUGAUCAUGGAAAGACAACAUUGACUGCUGCAAUCACAAAGGUGCUGGCGGAUGAAGGGAAGGCCAAGGCUAUUGCUUUUGAUGAAAUUGAUAAGGCUCCCGAAGAGAAAAAGAGAGGAAUCACAAUUGCAACGGCUCAUGUUGAAUACGAAACUGCCAAAAGGCAUUAUGCUCAUGUAGAUUGUCCAGGGCAUGCUGAUUAUGUUAAAAACAUGAUCACCGGAGCUGCUCAAAUGGAUGGCGGAAUUCUAGUUGUCUCUGCACCUGAUGGACCCAUGCCACAAACAAAGGAACACAUUCUUCUUGCACGACAGGUUGGCGUGCCAUCGCUUGUGUGUUUUUUGAAUAAAGUUGAUGCCGUUGAUGAUCCCGAGUUACUAGAACUUGUUGAGCUAGAGCUUCGAGAGCUUCUUAGCUUCUAUAAGUUUCCAGGGGAUGAAAUCCCCAUUGUACGAGGUUCAGCCUUGUCAGCGUUACAAGGAACUAAUGAAGAAAUCGGAAAGAAUGCUAUUUUGAAAUUGAUGGAAGCUGUAGAUAACUACAUACCUACACCUGAGCGGCAAAAGGAGAAGUCGUUCUUAAUGCCGAUUGAAGACGUUUUCUCAAUUGCGGGACGUGGUACUGUGGCCACUGGACGUGUUGAACAAGGGACAAUUAAAGUCGGUGAGGAAGUUGAGAUUAUGGGGUUGAUGCAGGGUUCGAAAAAAACAACAGUUACUGGUGUUGAGAUGUUCAAGAAGAGUUUAGACCAUGGAGAAGCUGGUGAUAAUGUCGGUCUUCUUUUGCGUGGUAUAAGUAGGACUGAUAUCCAGCGAGGACAGGUGAUUGCAAAGCCAAACAGUGUAAAAACAUACACCAAGUUCGAGGCAGAAAUAUAUGUUCUGACAAAGGAUGAAGGUGGGCGUCAUACAGCCUUUUUCUCAAAUUACAGACCUCAGUUUUAUUUGAGGACGGCUGAUGUCACUGGGAAAGUGGAGUUACCCGAAGACGUAAAGAUGGUUAUGCCUGGAGAUAACGUGACUGCUGCUUUUGAACUUAUUACCCCUGUUGUCCUUGAACCAGGACAAAGAUUUGCGCUGAGGGAAGGAGGCCGAACAGUCGGUGCGGGAGUUGUUUCAAAGGUCAUAAGCUGAUAAAUGCGUCGCUUUUUUUUUUUUUUGAAUUUUGCCCACUUGGUUAUGAGGAAUAGGUAAGAAACAUAAUUUUGCAACAUUUAUAUGUUAUCUGUUUAGUUAUUCAACUAUUGCUUUGCAAGCUUAGUUUUUGUUGUGUAGGUCAGUCAAGGACUGUCUUAUGGUUCAAAUUUGGAACUUCAGAAUUCCUUUGAAUUAUCGCUUAGUGAUUUACAUAGCGAAUAAAUGUGAAAAUUACAUUAUUGUUUAUUUUA